AUGACUGGCCGAUUUGCACCCGCUCGCGGCGACGUGCUGUCGCUUUCGUCCUCGAUCACCAUGGUCGACGGCCGCACCAUGCCUCGAUUCGGUAUUGGAGCCUGGGACAUGCGGGGCGCCGAGUGUCGCACUGCGCUCCAGCAUGCCUUUCGUGCAGGCUAUCGACACGUCGAUUCGGCGCGAUACUAUCGGAACGAGGCUGAAUGUGGGGCGUCGAUUCGGGAGUGUGGCAUUGCUCGAUCCGAGAUCUUUGCCACCACCAAGAUCUACCUCAACGACAUGGGUGGUGGUGCCAAGACCCGUUCUGCCGUCGAGGACAGUUUGGCCAAAUGGGGGCUCGACUAUAUCGACCUCGUGCUGCUGCAUGCUCCCGACGGAGGCAAGCGCUUCCGUCUCGAUUCAUGGGCCACGCUGACCGAGCUAGUCCAAGAGGGCCGCAUCCGCAGCCUCGGCGUCAGCAACUUUGGAGCACACCACAUCAAGGAGCUUCUCGACAGCAAUCCGGCGGUGCGACCGGUGUGCAACCAGAUCGAGUGCCAUCCAUUCUUUGCACAGAAGGACCUCAGAGCCGCGUGCGAAAAGGAAGGCAUUAUCGUGCAAGCGUACUGCCCGCUGGCAAGGGGCCGGUACUACGGCGACAAGACGCUCAAAAAAGUCGCCGACGAGACGGGCAAGACCGAGGCGCAGGUGAUGCUCCGAUGGCUCAUCCAGCACGGCAUCGUCGCUCUGCCCAAGAGCAGCAACCCGCAACGCCAAGUGGAAAACGCCAACAGCUUGAAGUUUGAGCUCUCGGACGAGCAGAUGGAAGAGGUCGGAGAGCGAGGUGGCGGCGAAAACGCGAGCCGAGCAUGCAAAAGUAACACUUCCGCACCGUAUCCUCAGCCUCCACUCUCUCUUCCCGUCUCUCCUCAUCAUUCUGACCCUCUCGAGCCUACUCUACUGCAACCAACACGCGCUGCUGACUCUUCCUUCACGCCCAUACGAAAGCAGAAGCUUAAAAGGAUGCCCUUUCUCGGGCCCGAAGCAUCCACCUCGAUCUCCUGGAACGGCAUCGUGGACGCCGCUACCCACACCACACCAUCCACCGCCACGACCGACGCUUUGCCAGGCGCAGCAACGUGGCCUCCCUCGGCUGCAUCUCUAUCCACCGCACAAUCGCACAUGGACAGCUCGGCACCCGUGGGCAUCGCCGAGAUCAACCUCGUCUCCUCGCCGCCCACCAGCCAUGCCACAUCGCCACUCCGCCCUUCGGCACGCAACAAUCUCCCCAGUCCGUCCGAACUGAGAGCGGGCUCCAAAGCUGCAUUCUCGGCUGCCACGGCGGCGAGGCUUGAAAGCGCCUUUGUGGCAAAUAGCGAUCCCGAGGACGGGGGCGAAAUCGAAGCCGACGGAGCAGAUACGCCGAGAGACCGCUCCGGGUCGCCGGAACAAGAACAAGUGCCGGAAAGUACGGUGUACGUGCAGCUGCCUGCGUCGUCUCCCUCCAUGGCGGUGCACAGCGGCAGCGCCUCGCGCAGAAAGAGCAAGGGCGCAAGCGGAUCGGAUAGCCCAAAGCGCCGACGACGCGGCUCGAAAUCGUCCGAGGCCUCGCAGCCUGGCGCUUCCAGUGUAGUGGACGAUGCUGCGCUUGCGGCGCAGCUCGCAGCGCAGGAAGCAGCGCUCGCGCGCCGUCGUCCCACGCGCGGCAGCCGCAAGGACGUGAGCUACAGCCCCGUGUGCGACCUCGACGGCAAGCCGCUGCGGAGCAAGCAGGGCGCUGCUGCAGCGCCAGCCAGCUCGUCGGCUUCGACUUCGAAGGACAAGCUCAAAUCAAAGAAGACGCCCACGCCGCGCAAGGUCAGUGGAAAGCGUCGGUCGCGCGUCUUUUCGGAUGACGAGGAUGAAGAUGAGCAUGCGGAUGCUGGUUCGAGUGGGGCAGCUCCCGCGAAAGCGUCGGCGGCAGAGGAGGAGCAGCACGAUGCGGAUCUGACAGACGAGGACGUCGGCUUCCAGGCGCGCGACAGGAAGAAGCCGAGGAAGAGCAAGCGCGGCGGAGCGGAGGAAGCGCAAGAGCCCGACGCGGCUCGAGCAGAAGCGUCGACGCGCGGAUCCAAAGGCAAACCCCGUCGACGUCGGGACGAGGACGAAGAGGAGGUGCACACCGAUGCAUCCGGCGGCGGUGGGGAUGACGGCAUCCUCACGCCUCCCGCACCCGCCUCGCCGCGUCAGUCUGGCAAACGCAACGCGUCUCCGAAAGUGCAAGCCGCAGAGCCAGCCGCCAAGUCUCCAGCCAGUGACAGCCAAGUGUCCAAGAGGCAGAGUGGGGCCGAAGACGAGCAAGAGAAUGGGGACUUGGCUGCUUCGCCACGUGCAUCGGCAGCUUCGGCGGAAGCGAGUGCGUCUAGGCGCACAACGCCCGCCACGGUGGCGAUCAAACGCGUAGGCACCACCUCCUCACCCGGCGGCUCACCCAGCGCGCGCUCGUUCUUCGGCAAGCCGCUCACAUCGCUUCUGACGGGCACGGUGCGUCGGCCGGGCCUCACGCGCAAGACCAACAUCCCGUCUCUCCUCGCGCACCGCACGGCACCCAAGCCGCCCGCACCCAAGCUGGCGGUGUCGAAGCGGCGGAUGCAGGACGACGACUACGAGUACGACGCGGCGUACGAGGCGCUCAUCGCCAAGCCCGAACCGGGAUCCGACGACGAGGACGAAGCGGCUGAAGACCAAGUGGAGCAUGAAGGAGAGUACGAUUGA